AUAUAAAGACUGCUUAUAAAUGUCACUGUCACCCCGCUGUCACCCGUGCUGUCAGCUGUCACGCCAGGAUCAAGAUUACCGGCAGUAGCAGAAGACAACCAAGAUGGCGACGCUCGAUCUGGACUGGGAGGAGGUGCGGGACCAGCUGCGGGCUUGGCGGGAGGAUAAUACGCGGCACAGUGAGGAGGUUGUGGACACGUGGGAGCACUGUCUUAAGCACUACAAGACCAAGUUGGGCGAUGAACGCUGGAUGGUGGAGGAGCAGGUGUUCGUCGCCGGCCUGGACUGCAAUCGCCUGGACAUUGCCGACCCUUGUCUCAUGGCCCUCAAUGAACAGUUCCCAGGGUCUCUCAGGGUGCGCAAGUUGAGGGCCAUGAGAUUCGAGGCCUUGGAGAAGUUCGACGAGGCCAUGGAGGUGUACGACAACAUCAUCCGCCAAGACGAGACUAACUCCACAGCACGCAAACGCAAGGUGGCGGUGCUGCGAGGCCAGGGCAGGAUAACGGACGCUAUCAAGGAGCUGACGGAAUACCUCAAGCUGUUCAUGUCAGACAGCGAGGCAUGGCAGGAGCUGUGUGAUCUUUACCUGAAGGAGGGGGACUACAGCAAGGCAGCCUUCUGUAUGGAGGAGCUCAUCCUGUCCAACCCUCACAACCAUCUCUUCCACACGCGAUAUGCUGAGAUUAAAUACACUCAGGGUGGUCUUGACAACAUGGAGAUUGCCCGGAGCUACUUUUGCCAGGCAGCCAAACUCAAUCCAGGCAACGUGAGGGCUCUGUACGGCCUCUUCAUGAGCUGUACACAGGUGCUGUCCUCACCCAAACUCAGCGCCCAGAAGAAGAAGGAGACACAGCAGCUUGCAACCUGGGCCCUGAAGGAGGUGUCUGAGAGGUACUCCAGAUGCAGAACAAAUACAAUGGAUGGCUCAAAGAUCCUGGAAACUCUGGGAGCAUUGAGCAUAACAGAUAAAGCAUGAUAGUGCCCUUAAUCCUUCAUGCCUGUGUGUAUGUGUGUGUGUGUAUAUGUCUGUGUCUGUGUCUGUGUAGUGUGUGUGUGUGUGUGUGUGUGUGUGUGUGUGUGUGUGUGUGUGUGUGUGUGUGUGUGUGUGUGUGUGUGUGUGUGUGUGUGAGAGGGAGAAAGACAGACAGAGAGAAAGACAUUUAUUCUGUUUUGUAUCAUAGGUUUUGAAAUAUAUAAUGUGUAUUGUCAAAAAAAAAAAUAGAGCCCCAUUUUAUACUCCCUUUCCCAAUGCAAGUAUUGAUAGUAGUGUUGUCUGGAGGAACUAGUGAGCGAGAGGGACAGAGAUUAGAGAGAUCAUGCAAGGUCAAGUCAGGGUCAGGGUUUAUACAAAUAAGCUGUAGUUGUUGGUCACACUCUAAUCAUUCCCUGGUAUAGCAGGAAGGUACAUUUGGUGAUUAAUUCAAAUAAUCUUGCCAAAACACACAACCAUGAAAUGCAAAAUCAAAACUGAGAAAAGUUACUCUGCUACCAGAGCCAUCAAGUCUCCCUCUUGAUGAAAUAAAUGCUGCUGAGAAACAAAAGGUGAAUGGUGAAUAAAUGCAUAAUGAAUAAGUGCCAAAAAUGCCUUUAUAUUAAGCAAGAUGUUUUUAUGAAGUCAAAACAAAACACUAGAAUAUUUCAGUGAUGCAUUGUUUCACAGCAGCCGUUUUUCAGGGGCAUGUUUUUCUAUGAUGAAAAAAUACUUAGGAAACCUGUGGCUGUGGCAAUGAGCAGCAGUGCUGGCAUGUACAGGGUGAAGAGGUUCCUGUGUUGCACCCAUGAGGAAUGUGGUGUGUUGGAGAUGUUACACAAUAGUGUUGCAUCCAUCGUGCUCUUAGCUCUCCUACAAGUGUCUUAAUCAUUCACUACCAAUUUGUCCCUCACUCUCCUAACACCAAGGAAACCAAAACCCCCACACUUUUGUUCCACAAGACUGUGCAAACACACAAGAUGUCGGACAUCCAUGUCUGUAAAACGUGUUUUGAAUCCACAUUUGUAGUUGUCAUAAAAGAUGAUCUACACGUUUACCAGACAAAAAGAGGGUGUUGUGGACGUCAUCUCUGUGUGUUAUUUCCUUUGACUCUCCACACUGUCCCAGCCUUGUGAGUGUGUGGCAGUGCUGCCCCUCCAGCACUCCCGACCAAGAAAGGUGUACAUAGAUAUAUGUAUCUAUAUUUAUUUUAAUGCAUAUUAUUUGCAUUUUAAGGACACUGACGUACUGUUAAAUUAUUAUAACCCUUAAAGAUAUACACCAUCAAUAAUAUAUUGUCCAAAACACUAUUUUUAUCAUAGAAUAAUGUCUACACUAAUAAAAAUUUAAAUUCCCUGCAUACCAUAA